UGUUUCCGUUAAUGAAAUAAAGUACCACAGUUAUAAACGAAAGCGGCUCUUUAAUUUGCCUUCCACGCACCUCAUCCUGAUACGAGGGAAACAGAGAAUAUGCGUCUUUCCGGUAAUGAGAAACUGGCCGAAAAGGUCGCUUUAAGUGAACCGUUUUUGGAAGAUAAUUCCAAUGCCGGAAUGAGUCCAUCGGUAAAGCCAGAAGCGCUUGAAUUGCAAUCAUCAGUCGUGUUAGAGGAUACACCUUUGUCCCAUUCUAUGUCGUUCUCUCGGAAGGUGCUUCCUCACAUCUUGCACUUUCUGUUUUCCACUUAUGUUGGCUUUAACUGUACUGAUUUUCAAAAAGCUAAAGAUACUGCGUUCUCAUAUUCCGCUUCCGAAGUUGUUUUCCAUUUUGGAAACAGUACUUUUCUACUCGGAAUAGCCAUUGACGCCCUUGUUGCUGCAGCAGCAUUUGAAUGCAUGGGUUUCCGUCGGUCUUCUUUUGUGAGUGCUCUGUGUUUGAUCGUGUUUAAUCUACUCCAAUUCUUUUUCCAUCGCUUCGUUGUAUUCGCGGUUAUUUUCCAAUUACUUAGCGGAAUCUUCUCCGGACAACUCUUGUUUAACUGUGCUGCUUCGACGUUUGAGCUUCAUGCCACUGAGUUGAGUAUCGGAGGAACCGUGUUCUGGCUCGGAGGUUUUGUUGCUGGAUUCGGAGGUGGUUCUCUCUUUGGAAGCGCUAUUGGCGGAAAUAGUCGUCCUUUGAACUGGAUCUAUCUUCUUAAACUUGUUUGGAUGUUACUUGUUGCCGUUUUGCUUCCCAUGAGUUACGAAACCAGCAGCUCGUUCACGAGAUUCUCCGUCGCUUCUUCAGCCAAUAUUAACAAACUUAUUCAACGGGCUCGUCAUAAUCUGACCCAAGCUAAGUUUUUCUUUACCAACUGCAGAGAUUUUGAGAUUCUUACCAUUGGUUAUGUGCUCUUCUUUCCACUUUUGUGUCUUAUGCAAAUCGGCAUCCAAACAGCUAUGCUUCGUCUCUACAACAAAUCUCGCAUUUCUCCAAUGGCAGCUUGCUGCUUCCUUGCAAUAGGCGCAUUAUUCGCUUGGGCACUGUUUUUGCUUGACAGUGUGCAGGGACGCAUGUUUCACAAUCGUCUCGGUUCACUGAGAAACCAUCUUCUUCCCAUUGGAACUACUAUUUAUUUCUUUAGUAUGCUUUGGUAUGGAUUUACCAAUACCAACUUGGCUAUUACAUCCAUUCCUCCCGUGCCCAGCAUGUUUGUUGGCUUGGGUGUUAUCUUUAUUUGGUCAGACAAGCUUCAAUACCUCAACGAAAAUUAUGGUUCCGCUUGCUACAGUGCAUUUGGUUUCCUGCAAGCAUUCCAGUUUUUUGUUGGGUUCCUCAUCACAUUUAUUGCACCUGUUGCCGUUGACCUUAUUGGUUGUCCUGUUAUUGGAAUGGUGUCCUGGUUGUUGUCUAUUCCUGUAGGCGUUUCCUCCCUGGCGCUUCAACGUUUCCGUUAUUUGGGAGCUUAAGCUUCGAGCAUGUCAUUACGCGCUAAUCCAUCCCUUCGUUUACUGCGCGUACGUCUUCUCUUUGCUAACUUGUCCUUUCUUCGUGCAUUGACUUUCCCAUUCCUCGCCCCUCAUAUCUUCGUUAACCAUUCGUUAAAUCUAUGUUUGGACAAAAAUAAAAAUACAUUACUCCUAUCUUGCAUCUAAGUCUUCUAUACCGUAGUAUUCCGUCAACAAGUCGGCUUCGGCUUUUCACAUUGGAC